AUGGAGUCGAGUCCGGACGAUUUGUCGGACACGAUGAACGACUUUCUUCCGCUGCUGCCGGAAAACAUCAAACAGGAGCUGUUCGAUGCCACCGAUAAAAGCACCCUGUGCGACAGCGUGGAGAACAAGAUUGAUGCACCAGAGACGGCAAACCAAUCACCGGCGCCUACUAUGUGCGUCUGGUGUUCGCAGACCCUCACGACCAACGAUCGGCCGAAGCUGCUCGAGUGUCUGCACAUUGCCUGCCACGCGUGCGUCAAGCAAAAGUUCACCGAUCAGCACGGCAGCUCCGCUCUGGUGUGCCCGGUGUGCAAGAUGGAAAGCCGGCUCGACCACAUCAUCGACAACGUUUUCUUGAGCGAGACGACGACCGCCAGCAGUGGCGGCGAGGACAAUCCGGGCAGCGUCGAAUCGACCAAGGAUCUCAUUAAGUGCGGUUGCUGCACUGAGGAUGCGAUCGCUACGUCGUGGUGUGUCCAGUGCAGCGAAUUUAUAUGUGACAGCUGCGUGCACGCUCACCAGCGACUUAAGAUUACCAAGGAGCACACGAUCAAGUCGAAGGAGGCUGCUUUCAGCGAGCAGUCAGGAAAGAUAAUGUGCCACGUGCAUCCACAGGAACAAUUAUCUCUCUACUGCGAAACGUGUGAUCUUCUAACGUGCCGGGACUGCCAGCUGGCAGAUCACCGGGAUCACAAGUACAAGUUCGCGCACGAAAUAGCGAGCGAAACGCGCGACACCCUGAGCGGGUUGCUCAGCGAGAUCAGCUACAAGAAGGUGCUGCUGUCGAGCGCGAUGAAGGUGAUCGACGACCGGCAAGCACUGAUCACGGAGAAGAAAAAGGAACUGUCGAAAGAGAUCGCCGACCUGGUGGUGAAGCUAACGAACGCGGUGAACCAACGGGGCAAGCAGCUCGUCUAUCGGUUAAACCAGGUGUGCGACACCAAGCUGCAGGUAUUGAACGAGAAAAAGGAAGCGCUACAAUUACUGUCCGGUCACACGGACCACUGCAUCGAGUUCGUGCAGACUGCGCUCGAUAAGGGCAGUGACAGUGCGGUGCUGUACAGUAAGAAAACACUUGCCCGCCACCUGCAGAAAGUGAAGAGUCAGCGGGCGGACAUUCCCAAUCCGGAGAUUCCCGUGCGCGUCCAGCUGUUGCUGUCGAACGUGCAGGACCUGCAGAAUGUUAUUGCCCGCAUCGGCACCAUUCUGGUUGACGGAAAAAUCUAUCCGCCUCCGCUGUCACCGGCCAAUGGUCCACAGGGAACGCCACCCAGCGGUGGUCCCAGCGGCACCGGUGGCCCGGCGCCGCCACAGAGUCGCAGCAAACAGCCCAGUCCCAACAUAACACCGCCCCUGCGGCCCGGCAUGCCCGGACCGGGCAUGACGACACUCUCUUCCAACGGUCCCGGUCUGUCAUCGAGCGGGCCCGGCUUCUCACCGGUACCGCCGAUGUACAACGGCAGCGGGGGGGUUCCGGUGGGUGGACCGUUUCCACCGAGCCACCCGAUGAGUCGAUCGUUCCCACCGGAAAACGGCCCGGGACCUGGAUCCGGUUUCGGGCGGUUCCCGAUGGGACCACCGCACGGAAUGCCGCCUCAGCAGCACGUCAGCUCUUCGACGCACCCCCAAAAUAUGGACCUGAGUUUACGCAAUUUGUUGAACCAAAAGUCCAGCGGACCGCCGCUGCCACCACCCGGCAUCGGUAGUGGCAGCGUUGGUCAUCUAGCUGGUCCUGGUAGUGGCGGUGGUGGUGGUGGGGUUGGUGGUGUUGGUGGGGGGAUUGGUGGCCCAGGGAAUAAUGCUGCCGCUGCCGCUGCCAUUGGCAACAAUAGUGCAAUGGCUAAUAAUCAAUUUACUGCCGCAGCGAACUUCAUGGCGAGCGUGCCACCGCCCGGGCCCGGCGGGCCAUCGUCGCACCGUAUGGGCGGCCAACACGGUGGACCUCCCGGUAGCUUCCUGGGUGGUCCCGGAAGUGCGCAUCAAAACUUUGGCCAGCAACCACCCGGUCCACCGCAGAACAACAGUGGCGGCGUGAUGGGUAUGGGACCGGGCGGACCGGCAGCCGUUGCGGCCCGUUUCCAAAGCUUCCAGCGCUUCACGAUGCUUCCCUCGAUGCGGCACAUGAUGGGCAACGUAAGUGUGUGGAGAGGCGUUACAGUUUCCCGAUCCUGUUACUGAUGCCUGGUUUCUCUCUUCCAGAACUCUUCCACAUUGCUCUCUCCCAAGCAACAGUCGAUGCGAUGCCCCCCGCCCGGAUACAACCCGAAUUCGCCACAACCACCGCAGCUGCCACCGCAACUAUCCGGGGGCUCGGGACCGGGACCGGGGGUCAGCGUUUCCGGUAGCGCUGGCGGAGGCAGCAGUGGAAGUCCCAUCGCCAAAUGGCAUAUUCCUCAAAAUAUGCAGUCACAGCAUAACAACGGCUACGGUGGACCAUCAGGAUUGCACCUUUUUGGCAGUGGAUCGAACGAGUCGUUCAAGAUUCCUCUCAAAUCACCGGACACCAUCCGCAACUCGAUGUUGCAGAACGGUGCAGGCAGUUCGUCCGUCCUAGGGCUCGGUGGAGGAUCGUCUAGCUCUGGUCACGGCUCGCACGGCAGUUCCUCAACCGUGCACCAUCAUCUUCACCACCACCAUUCGUCACACCAGCAGCAGCAACAGCAGCAGCAACAGCUGCAGCAACAACAACAGCAACAACAGCAGCAGCAACAGCAACAGCAACAGCAACAACAGCAGCAACAACAGCAGCAGCAGCAGCAGCAACAACAACAGCAACAACAACAGCAGCAGCAACAACAGCAGCAGCAACAACAGCAGCAACAACAUUUACAAAGCCAACAGCAGCAACAGCAACUGCAAAACCACCUGCAGCAGUUACAGAAUGCACUCCCAAACGUAACCUCUACGAACCCCAAGACUCCGAGUCCCAGCACGAACGAGCCUGGCAAAGAUUUUGCUGAAUCGAUCGACAAAACGUGCGAAGACUCGGUGAACGAUCUGAUGGCGACGAUCGCGAAGCUCGAUUCGAACGGCGUACAAGUGUUGCCGGAAGGUCACAGGGGUAAGACGACUUCACCGCAGGUACACAGUUCUACCGAUCUCAACACAAGCGGUGGUAGCGUUCUGGGUGCAAACACCAGCGGUACAAACUUGAACAACAUCAGCAACAGUAGCUCCAGCAGCAGUGGCAGCAGCGGCGCCACCGGUACCGGCAGCAGCAGCAGUGGAGUGGUCGUACUGGACGACAAGAGCAUGCCGAAGGAACUCGACCCAAACGAGGACUGGUGCGCGGUGUGCAUGGACGGUGGGGAGCUGAUGUGCUGUGAUAAGUGCCCGAAGGUUUUCCAUCAGACCUGCCACAUACCCGUGAUUGAUUCGCUGCCGGACGAGAGCGAAACGUGGCAGUGUUUGCUGUGCUACAACUUUGCCGAUCUUCCUGCGGAGCCAACGGGUGAAAAGCGCAACAUUGGUAUCACGCCUCUGGAGUUGAAGAUUUUGCAGCGAAUUGUGUUGGAACUGUUCUGCCAGUACGAGACCAGUAUGCCCUUCCGGCAUCUCGAGCCGGAAACGAACAAGGGCUAUUAUGAUAUCGUACAAAGCCCCAUUUCAUUGACGAUCAUUCGCGAGAAGCUGGAAAUGAGCAACAAUGAUCACUAUAUUGACGUAGCGUCAUUUAUCGCAGACGUUAAACGAUUGUUCGAUAACGUCUACCUUUUCUAUCAGGAGGACAGCGCCACGUACAAGAGUGCGCGAAAGCUGGAGAAGUUCUUCGAACAGCAGGUGCUGAAGUGGCUACCAAAGUACCUCGAGAUGGAUUGCUUCGCCGACGACUAUCUGCCCAAACCAAGCAAACGCUCCAGGAACCGCCAGAGCGACUAACAGUCCCUGCAGCAUGCCGCCGUUGUCCAGAAAGGCACCGAGCAGCAGCAGCAGCAGAAGCAAUUGCCCCUUAACGACACUCAACCGGAAGAUCUUUCGUUUCAUUCGACUUCUAACGGACGAUCGAUGAAUUCCGCCAGCGCCGAUGGGCGGUCAUGCGAGGAAAAAUGCUUGAAGAUGAAAUUGGAAGAGGACUCAUUGUCAACGCAUGGUACGGAGUUGAUGGAUACUGAUGUGAGUGCUCCUAGCGAUGCUACUGCUGCUACUGCGGUGCGCUCCAUCGACGACAGUGUUGGUGAAGGAAGUAGGAGGGAAGCUGAUGAUCCUGUCGCCGGUAACGGGAGGCCUAGUGCACGGGAGACCGAAACGGAAAUGUCGACAGCGCGGCGGGUUUCUAAUGGAUUGGGACUUGCUACUCAUGUUGCCACCGUCGCCAAAAACACGUCGUCCUCGGGGACGGAAACGACGACGCAAGGGGAACGAUCGCAGCGCAGCACAGUAGAGGUCGAAGGCGCUUCGAAAGCAUGAAAUAUCGUGGCCGAAACAGUGCCACGAACUUCUCGUGCUGGAUCGUAUCGUUGGAAGAAUGUGAAUGUGUUUAAUUCAAUUGUUUUAAAGUUUUUCAAACAAUUGAAAACAUCCGGCUGUAAAUAUUAGGAUUUGACAAAAAAGCCCUUCGCGGAGGGAGUUCAGGAAGCAAAGAAAUUCAAUGGUGGCAAUCGGAGGGGAAUUGAUAUCGUGGCGAAUAAUGGCAAAAUUGUACCAUAUUCGUCCACAUGGGCACAUGGUUUUGAUUACACAAUUGAAUUACUCAUUAGAAGUAGAUAUUUGCUAGUGAUAGAAUAUGCAAUUAAUCGUGAAGUACCUCGACGGUUCCUAGCGGGUGACCGUUCAAUAUGCACACGAGGACAAACAUUAAACGGUGAUGAGGACAAAAGCAAAAAAGUGUUAGAGAAAGAGUAAAAGUUAUAGAAACUCGUAACGUUUUGUACCGCAAUAGAAUCGACAUUUGAUGAGUUUAAGAUUUGCUUUCUUCCGGAAGGUUUUCGAUGCCAAUGAUUGCGUCUCAGUCAUCGAUUGCGUAAAUGCGGUAACAGAAUGUACGAUUUGCGAAUGCAUUCAAGUGUUGUACAGAAUGUUCAAUAACUGAACACUAUAUUUAAGUGUGGGUUCUUCUGUUCGUAUGCAAAACGAACACAUUACAAUCGACCUAGGGAGGGCACCUUGGUCCACCUUUGAGGAACUUAAAAUUGGUAGAGUUAUCUUUCCUAGCGAACGCAAUAUAGGGGUAGAGUACUCGUUCGAUACGGUCUUGCGAUUCAACUCUAAUGUAGCAAUAAGUUUGUGAAUAUUUAUGGUCGGCCGUCAAUCGUCAGGAUUCCCGUGUGCAAAAGUAUACGAACGAAAUGAAAUAUGAUUCAAUGGUCGAGUUUUGGAAAUGCACAAGGACUUCAAACCUGCAGUCGUUACGGGAAGACGGUGGUCCGCAGGACGUGUUAAUGUUUAAGACCAUUUUGCACCAGAAGCCGAGCACAGCUAGAGGAACUAAUGACUCAUUCUGUGAAGCGAAACUUGAGUGCCGGAGUGGUGUGGACGGAAGCUAAUGUAGCUGAUAGGUUAUGGAUCAAACGCAAUCAGCGCCAGCAUACAUUUAUACAUACUUAUACAUACUUCCACUCAUUUGUACACCGUAAGAUGAUGGCAAGCUCUCUGCGUGUUGCGACAAACGGCCAGAUUGAUUGAAAGAAAACCCACACAGUUGUAAUAAUACUUGAUGCAAGUAAAGUAACUCGAACAAAAACCUACUACCAAAAGUGUGCUGUAGGAAAAGGCGGCACGGGUUAAAAUAUUGCAAGCAACUGAACGAUAGAAUAAAAAAGUAU